UAAAAGAAUAUUUGAUUCCAAUAGCCAACCAUUUUGAUUUUUGCCAACACUAGGAAUAAAAAUUUCCAAUUUUGAUCCACCUUAAUGGUUCUAAUCCACUCAAAUCUUGCCACGUGCCCUCAUGUUUUAACAUUAUUUUUUCAACUAGACAGGUGGGUCCAUAUGGGCCACUUCACCCAUUAGUCCAAUUAUCAAUUCCACAUUAGAAAGUACAUCUAUUUAUGUACAACGUACAAUCAGACUAUGCACAAAUAUUAAAAAUACACGUUUUCCGUUAGCUAACGACACCAGAAAAAAUGACGGCGUCACAUCCUUCUAUAAAUACCUCAAACAUUUAUCCCGAUUCCUUCUCUCCUUUGUCUCCAUUCUAUAUUUGUUUCCUUCUCACACACACACACAGAGACUAAUGUGUGUAUUAUAUACAGAUAUUUUACGUAUUUGAAGAUUCUGUGUAUAUAUGAGAAUCUGAAACUUUCCGGUUUUUAAGCGCCGUAGAAUCUCCUAAAAUUCGCCGGCGGGGAGUUUGCCGGCGCCGGCGAAUAUUCCAUUUUUUGCAGAAGAUUCUUUGUAGCUGUAGGAGAAGCUUAAUGCAAGGGAUUUUUCACUGCUCAUUUGAUUUGAUUUGAUAUCUUAGUUAGGGUUUUGGACUCGCAAAAAAGUAGAAAGAACAGAGCAGAGAAAUAAAAGCUCUUUGGAUGGUAAAUUCAUCAAUUUUCGAGUGGGUUUAGAGCUGAAUUAUAGCUUCGGUGACUAUUUCAGGAACCAAAGAGAGUAAAACAGAGAUUAAAGGGAGAUGUUGACGUGUAUAACAUGUAAGCAAAAAAUAGAUGAUGAUGGAGGAGAAGAAGGUCCACGUGGGACCCCCAAUACUAAAGACUCAGUCAAAAGCUUGACGGCCCAGAUAAAGGAUAUUGCAUUAAAGGUCUCUGGUAAAAGCAGCAAGUCCAGUACACCAACUAGCAGUUACAGGAGAGGUCACAGACCUUAUCCUGAUUUUGAGACAAUUUCAGAGGACGUUCCAUAUCAACCAGGAAGUUCAAGUUCACCUCCAGCUUGGGAUUUUACAAGUACCCAACAUCAUCGUACUCCUCGAGCUGAUUCAAGAUUUGCUGGAGGAUAUAGUGGUGGUGAUGAAGAUAAAAGAGAAUCUGUCUACUCACAGUCAGGUGAUGUGGUGCUGCCCGACGAGGAGGGGCCAAAAGAGUGGAUUGCUCAGGUGGAGCCUGGUGUUCAGAUUACUUUUGUCUCUCUUCCUAGUGGUGGAAAUGAUCUCAAACGAAUCCGCUUUAGUCGGGACAUGUUUGAUAAAUGGCAAGCUCAAAGAUGGUGGGGUGAGAAUUUUGACAGAAUUAUGGAGCUCUACAAUGUUCAAAGAUUUCAUCAGCAAGCUAUUGACACUCCCGGGCGGUCUGAGCUUGGAAGAGAUUCUAAUUAUACAAGGCUAGGGUCACCUAGGGAAAGCAAGGAUUGGGGUCCAACAAAUUAUAGACCGUCCAGCAGUAGCCAAUACAACUACGGUGGAACCAGUUCUUACGCCCCCGGUAUGGAAGCAUCAAGGAUGACAACCGACUCCAGAGACGCUUCAAUUUCCAUGAGCAAUGCUGGUGAUAUGGAGUCAGAAUGGAUAGCAGAAGAUGAGCCUGGUGUAUACAUAACCAUCAGACAACUAGCUGAUGGCACCAGAGAGCUGCGGCGUGUAAGAUUCAGCCGCGAAAAAUUUGGGGAGGUUAACGCGAAGCAGUGGUGGGAACAGAACAGGGAUAGAAUACAAGAGCAAUACCUUUAAAGCAUGUUUUUCUUUCAUACUAAGUUGCUGGCAAUUUCCACUGAAUAUCAAGGAAUUCCCUGGAAAUUGAACAUUUUUGCUUCUUCAAAGUGAUUAACUUAAACUCACCAUCCACGAUAUUCGUCGGGUUAUUUGAGCACCACUCUUGGCAGUAAAAGAGAUUACACCAGGCUCAUUCAUAUUGAAGUAUAUAGUUUUUUCCAGUUGGAAUGGCUCCAUUCUACAGAAGAAAGCUCCUGAACAAUUUUUUUUCGGUUUUUUAUGUCAUGGCAUUUUUUUUAUCUCUAAUUAUACCUGAUUUUUCCAAAUUCUUUUUGGUCUUUAUUUUGCCUUCAGUUUUUGGUUGAAUGGCUUGCUGGAUCUCCUAGCGUUUACUUAGAUGUCUCUUAGUUGUUUUCUUUGUAACACAAUCUUCAUAUACCGAAGGAAAUGGUAUAAAAACUGAUGAUGCUAAAAG